AUGAAAUUCAUUAUUUCUGCAGACGAUACUGGAGCAGCAAAAGAGGUUGUUUGUAACAGAGGAACUGAUACUUCAAAACAAGAUGCUACUCAGCCAAUUUCCAUAAGCAAUUACUUCAUUGAACCAAGUGCUACAGUGAAAACAAGAAUAAUUCAUCUUCUCAGUUUCAAUUAUCAAUACGUUAUAGGAACUAGACUUGGAGGUCAAGUUUCCGUAUAUGAUUUAAACGAAGAAGUCGAAGAAGGGGACGAAAAGUACAAAUUAUUACAUAACUUUGAAUUACCAGUGGAGAAAGAUGACAAGCCAAUUGCAUUAGUGAAAGUGGAAAUUUUGGAAAGUGUAAUUGUAGCAUUCAAAUCUUGCAAAAUCUUUUUGAUUCACAUAAAUGAUAAAUUUGAUUUCAAACCAUUGGAAAUCAAGCUUCCUGAAGCAAAACCAAUUAGUGCAUUUACUGUCAACCCAGAAGCCGAGAAUAUAAUAGCAGUUGGUGGUAAAGAGUUUGAUUUACAAGUGAUUCAGCUUUUCAGCUCCAAGAUCAACAGUACUAUAUUUAAGAAGAAGAAUUAUGAAAAAGAGUUUGUUCCGCAAAUUGUAUUCAAGGCCAAGAAUGUCAAGAAUGAUCAUUUAGAUCUUAGGGUACCAAUUUGGAUAACCAAUAUUUUAUUCUCAAAAUCAGAAAAGGGUUACAAACUUAUUACAUCAACAGGAUACGGUCAAAUCCGUUUAUAUGAUACCACUGAGGGAAGAAAGCCCAGAAAGGAUUAUCAGGUUACUGAGAAGACCAUUGUCACUUUAUCAUAUGCCAACGAUGAACAGUCAGAAAUAAUUAUCACCGACACUCAUAGUCUUAUGGCAAAGUAUUCUUUAACUAAGAUUGAUGAAAAAGCAUUCAAGACAAAUUCUGCUUCUGCCGGGGAUAUUAUCAAGCCAGUGCCGAAAUUGUUAGGGAAAUUCAGUGGUGGAAACACUGGUGCAACCUUUGGAGUUCAAGUUUAUGAAGAUAUAGUUGCAUUUGCCGGGUUAGAUAGAUAUUUACGAGUUUUUGAUUUGGAAUCUCGUGAAAUUUUGGUCAAAGUUUAUGUUGGGGUUGAAGUGUCUUCUCUCUUGGUAUUGGACGAUGAAGAUGAAGAGGAUGAGGAUACAAGAAAACGUAAGAGAGAGGAAGAAGAAGAAGAUGAAGAAUUGUGGAAUGAGUUAGAUACUACUAAGAAGCAAGCUAUAUAG